AUGGAGUCGAUCAUAGCGCGGGCGCUGGAGUACACGCUCAAGUACUGGCUCAAGUCCUUCUCCCGCGACCAGUUCAAGCUCCAGGGCCGCACCGCGCAGCUCUCCAACCUCGAUAUCAAUGGCGAUGCGCUGCACGCAAGCCUGGGGCUGCCUCCCGCGCUCGCCGUCGACACAGCGCGUGUCGGGAAGCUCCAGAUCACGUUACCAUCUGUAUCAAAUGUGCAAGUAGAGCCAAUUGAGGUGAACAUUGACAAGCUUGAUCUCGUGCUUGUAGAGAAGGACGAUUCUGAAAAUCUUUCUAGCCCUAGCAGCACUGCAUCAUCUCCAUCAUCAGCAACUAAGAGCAGCGGAUAUGGUUACGCUGAUAAGAUUGCAGACGGAAUGACAGUGCAAGUAGGGAUUGUUAACCUGCUACUGGAAACACAUGGAGGGGCUCGCCGUAAAGGAGAUGCAACUUGGUCACCACCGCUAGCAGCAAUCACAUUCCGUGAUCUUGUAUUGUACACAACAAAUGAAAAAUGGCAGGUAGUAAACUUGAAAGAAGCAAGAGAUUUCUCCAACAACAAAGGAAACUGGAGUGGCAAUCACUGUCAGUUGAUCUGUUGCCUCACCCCUGACAUGUUCACCGAUGCAAGAUUUAACUCUUCUAGUAGUCAAGAUAACAAAAGAGACGAUGAUGGUGCAAAACGAAUGUUCUUUGGCGGUGAAAGAUUUUUGGAAGGAAUAUCUGGAGAGGCUAAUAUCACGGUUCAACGGACAGAACAAAAUAAUCCAGUUGGGCUUGAGGUUCAGCUGCAUAUUACUGAAGCUGUCUGUCCUGCCUUAAGUGAACCUGGUAACCAGUUCCUAUCUAUGAAGCUUGACCAUUCUGUUCAGUACUUCAAUUUCUAUUUGCAAAAAUUCAAACUUAAAAUUAUUUUUGACAGGCUUACGGGCCUUUCUUCGAUUCAUGACUGGGGUAUCUGUGUGCCUAAACAGGGAGAUGUAGAUCCAAAAGCUCAGCAGCUUGCAGAAGCAGCAGGAUCUUCCUUGGUGUCCAUUAUCAUAGAUCACAUAUUCCUCUGCAUUAAAGAUACUGAGUUUCAACUUGAACUUCUCAUGCAGUCUUUGUUCUUCUCACGGGCGAGCGUUUCAGACGGCGAAUGCUCAAAGAACUUGUCUUGCAUAAAGGUCGGCGGGCUGUUUCUGAGAGACACCUUUUCUCGUCCUCCAUGCACAUUGAUACAGCCAUCUAUGCAAGCAGUUUCACAAGAACCUCCACCUGUGCCUGACUUUGGUCAAAAAUUUUGCCCUCCUAUCUAUCCAUUUGGCAAUCAACUAUUAGAAUUCGCUGCUGGAGUUCCUUUGUUUUCCCUCUAUUGUCUUCAGACCACUCCUUCUCCAUCACCUCCGAAGUUUGCUUCAAAAACAGUCAUCACAUGCCAACCUCUUACGGUAACCCUCCAGGAGCAGUCGUGCUUAAGAAUUGCCUCAUUCUUGGCUGAUGGAGUUGUACCCAAUCGUGGUGCCAUAUUGCCUGAGUCUUCAAUCAACAGCCUGACAUUUUCACUUAAAGAGUUUGAUCUCUCUGUUCCAUUAGAUGCUGAGGAAAUCACAAGGUGCAGUGGAACCAAGAAUACUAGCCCUCAAUCAUCAUUUUCGGGUGCACGACUUCAUGUGGAAGACGUAUACUUCUGCCAGUCACCAUCAGCUAAGUGCUCAUUGCUAAACCUUGACAGAGAUCCAGCUUGCUUCCUUCUGUGGGAGUACCAACCUGUUGAUGCGAGUCAGAUGAAGUGGGCUACUCGGGCUUCUCACCUAAGCCUCUCACUUGAAACUUCUAGCACUUCAAACGGACAGAGGGCAGUUAGGGACUCAAAUUUGUGGAAAUGUAUUGAACUAGAUGAUAUCAGAUUUGAGGCAGCUAUGGUUACAGCAGAUGGCAGCCCUUUGUUGGAUGUACCGCCUCCAGAGGGUGUUGUCAGAAUUGGUGUUGCUUUCCAACAGUUUACGUCCAACACCUCAGUUGAGCAAUUGUUUUUUGUGUUAGGUUUCUAUACUUACUUUGGUCAAGUUGCAGAGCGUAUCUCAAAGGUCAGCAAAGGUAACAGGUCUGAGUCAGUCAAGUCAUCUGCUGACAAGCCAGAGAAUAAAUUGCCAAGUGAUACAGCUGUGAGUUUAACUAUGAAUAACCUCCAGCUCAAUUUCUUGGAAUCUUUGUCAGCAAGUGAUCUACAUAUGCCCUUGGUUCAGUUCGGUGGAGCGGAUCUGUUCCUGAAAGUUUCUCACCGCACUCUAGGUGGUGCCUUUGCAGUCACGACUAACUUGAUGUGGAGAACUGUCUCAGUGAACUGUUUAGAAGGAGAAAGUGCUGUGAUUUGUGAGAAUGGCACUGUAGUGACUGGUGAACACAGCAUUCUGGUGCAUGAAAAUGAGCACCCCAAGAUGAGAGCAGUCUUUUGGGUUGAUCAUAGGAGCAAACACCAGGCUAAAGAAGCUCAGUUCCUUGAUAUAAACAUCACUCAUGUAAUGCCUUAUGAUAUCCAGGAUAUGGAGUGCCAUAGCUUGAAUGUAUCGGCUAAGGUAUCUGGUGUUCGUCUUGGAGGUGGAAUUUCUUACACCGAGUCUUUGCUGCAUCGAUUUGGUAUCCUGGGUCCUGAUGGCGGUCCAGGGGAAGGACUCUUGAGGAGUUUGAAGGAUUUAUCUUCAGGUCCGCUUGCGAAGCUGUUUAAAUCCUCUCACCUCACUGAAAAAGAAGAUGAAAGGUCCAAAGUUGAUGAUCACAAUUCAAAGUUUGAUCUCGGGGUGCCAGAUGAUCUUGAUGUAUCAAUUGAGCUUAGAAAUUGGCUAUUUGCACUCGAAGGAACUGAAGAAGUAGGAGAUUGUUUUUCCUCUCGGGAGGUGAUCAUUAUCAGCAGAGAAGAAAAAUGCUGGCAUUCAACCUUCAGAAAUAUACAUGUCUCUGGCAAGAGCAGUGACCGACUUAAGUUGGGAGGCGGAGGAAAGGUGUCGCCCAAAAAGGCUUUUCCAGUGGAACGCUUUACGGCUGGAAUUGAAGGUUUACAGGCAAUAAAACCUCGCCUGAGAGAUCAGCUCACUCGAAAAGGAUCAUCAAACAAUCAUCAAAUAGCCAGUGAAUUUAAUAGUUCAAGUUCUGUUGGUGACCAAGGAGUUGAUGUUGAAGCUACCAUGGUCAUCGGCGAAGACGAGAUUGAGGGUGCCAAAUGGACAAUGGAUAAUGUCAAGUUUUCUGUCAAAGAACCGAUCGAGGCAGUUGCAACAAAAGAAGAACUAGAGCACCUUGCGAUGCUUUGCAGAUCCGAAGCUGAUGCAAUGGGGAGGAUCACUGCUGGAAUUCUUCGUCUCCUUAAACUUGACAAAUCUCUUGGGCAAGGAACUAUAGAACAACUACGUAACCUAGGAAGCGGAGGCAUGGACAAUAUCUUUUCACCCAGGAGGCUCAGCAGGCAGAACAGUUUUGGUAGCAUAGGCACUCCUCGGACUCCAACUAUGCACGCCAUUGCGGACGUCAUGGGUUCGAAAACCACACUGGAAGCAACCAUUUCCUCAUUGCAAGGCGAGAUUUCCGAAUCCAAGGCCAAAUGUGUGGCACUGAUUUCCCAGGCAAGCAGCACUGAGGAUCAAAACCGCGCCGAGGACAUCAGGCAGCUUAGCGAAAAGCUCGAGAGCAUGCAAUCGUUGGUGACACGAUUGAGAACUUUGAUCAAUUGA